ACUGCAAAAAUGGCUUUUUACGUGGACGAAGAAAAUGUCUGGAAAUGUGCAAAGCAUCCUUCGAAGCGACGUCAUAGCGGGAUCUGUCCGGUUUGCCUCCAAGACAAACUAGCAUCUCUUUGCCCCGACUGCGCCUACACGCUUCCUUGCGCUUGUACCGCAACCUCUUCUUCUUCCUCAUACUCCCCCUUCUCUUGCUUUUCAACCGCCGCAGAUGUCUCAGGUGUCGGCGCCGUCGGUCGAGUUUCCAAUCUCGUCGAAAGCGAGCCUUCGUUCCGACGAUCCAGAUCCCUAUCGAUUCCUUUUCUCCAUUUGAAACCGGAGAGUUUAAACGAAAAGAAGGAUUUAUCGGCGAGCAAUAAGAGCAGGACGCCGUCGUUUUGGACGAUGUUUAGUAGGGCUAGUAACAAGAGCAAGCGGUUCGACAGCGAAGAUCAUGGAAGAGAAGUAGAGAAAGAGAGCGCAGCGGCGGUGGAGGACGAAAGGAAGAGGAGGACGAUGAUGAGGAAGUCGAGGUCAGUGGCAAUGACGUCAAAUUCCGGCAUCGGAGAUUUGAAAUCUUCGACGUCUACGAAAGGAAAGGGGUGGCAUUUCACGAGUCCGAUGAAGGCAUGGAGGCAAACUAGGGUUUCCAAAUUGGUUUUCCAACAACGUUCUCCUUUGUAUAGAGGUUGAUUAAUUACUGUAAGUCUUUUUUUUUUUUUUUUUGCUCUUUAUAUUUGUAUAGUACAUAAGUAAAAAUGCCAAAAAAGAAAAAACAAUCGGAGCGAACGGAAAAAAUAACUGAGUGAAAUCGAGUCACUAGUGACAAUGAUUUUCAUUCUGGCUUUUUGGUGUUCAAUAUAUAUAUUACUGCAGUUGGUUAAAUUUCAA